GGAAACACGGUAGUUAGGCAUGUUUAUCUGAAGCCGUUAACCAUUAAUCCUCCUAAGGAGUACAAGUGUGCAAUUUUUCCACCCAAUUUAAACUGGUCUCACACCUCUCAGAGGGAGCACACACCACAUUUGGAGAAGGGACUCAUGGCUGACGGAAAAGCAAUGCACAUUGUAGAGAUCAUAUUGGUGAUACUUUACACAUUUGCGCCUGCAUGCUGUGGAGCAAAUGUUAAAAUUGGCGUCCCAGAGAACUAUGACGGUAUUUUCCCGUGGUACCUAGCCAAGCUCCACGGCCUGCCGGGUAAUUACAGUGAUCUGGUUGUAACAGGGGAUGAUGAGGGGAUAUUUGGAGUUGAUGCUCAGUUCCUCUAUGCUCUCAAACCACUGGACAGAGAAAAACAACCGUCCUACUCUCUGCAGGUGUCCUUCAGAACAUCAGUGCACCGUCAGAGCUUCACCGUGGAAGUGUGCGUCAUUGACAAGAACGACAACGUGCCUACUUUCAUAGAGAUGAGCAUGAGAGGCAGCGUGCAGCUCGGGCUUCUCAAAGGAAUCCCCUUCAUGCAGGUGGAGGCUCUGGACCGCGAUGACCGUAACACCGCCCACGCCGAGCUGCGCUUCAGCCUCAUGGAACAGACGCCCAGGAUCCCCUCCAGUCAAAUGUUCUUCAUCGACUCCAUCACUGGAGAGGUUUCCCUCACUGAGGAAGGAGCCUCCACUCUAGACCCAGAGAUGUGUGGCCGGUAUAAACUCUCCGUGAUGGUGAAAGACAUGGCGGGGAAGGCCGACGCUUUCUUCUCCACCGGCAUCGUUACGGUAGAGGUGACAGGGAACACCUGGGCAUCACCUGACCCUGUGAGACUUCAGGAGAACCUCCCUGGCCCUUACCCAAUCCCAAUCUCACAGGUCAAGUGGAGUGGGAGUCAGGCAGAGUACAGCCUGGAGGGGGAGUUUCCAGAAAUGCUCUUCACAAUCAGCAGAGAAGGAGUCAUUUAUCUCAACGCGCCACUGGACAGAGAGACACAAGAUCAGUUCCAGAUCAGCAUUGUGGUGGAGCGUCCAGAUGGCAGAGAGAUUGCAAAGCCUGUGGAGUUGAGGGUGAUGGUGGGCGAUGCUAAUGAUAACAGACCCACCUUUCCACAAGCACAGUACCAUACUGUGGUCAAGGAGCUGGCUGCUCGAGGGACAGAGAUCCUGACGGUUCAGGCGGCGGAUAACGACGACCCAAAAACAGACAACGUUCGGAUCUUCUAUCGUUUAGUGGGACAGAUUCCAGAGAGUCCUCGAGCCCUCUUCAGAGUGGAUCGUGACUCAGGGGUGAUCUCAGUCCAAGCUGACAGUAUGGAAGGCACAGCACCUCAGUACACACUCACCAUCACUGCUGAAGACGCUAAAGGUCUCAACAGCUCGUGCACUGUGGUCGUGACGGUGCAGGAUGAGAACAACAACCCGCCGGUCUUCUCCCAACAUGAGUAUGGGCCUUUUCACAUCCCAGAGAACGCUCCAGUGGGCACCACGGUAACAGCUGUGCUGGCGGGGGAUGCAGAUGUUCGUGGAGGAGACAGCUGGCAGGUGGACUACCGUUUGGAAUCCGGAAACGAGGAGGACGUCUUUACAUUAGUCACCGACAAGCAGACCAAUGAGGUCUCACUCGUCCUUUCGAAAGUCUUGGACUUUGAGCGUGAGAGUGAGUACAUCCUCGUGAUCAGUGCUCAGAACCCGGUGGCUCUGGUCCGUGGCAGAUACGGACCUGCAUCCACAGCGACUGUCUCCAUUUAUGUCGACGACGUGAAUGAAGGUCCGAUCCUGUCUCAGAGCCACUAUGAGGUGACCGUCAGAGAAGGAGAGGAACCAGGACGGGUGAUCGCCACCAUCCGGGGAUACGACCCUGAUUCUCACCCAAUCAGAUACUCCCUCCAAGGAGACACAAAGAAAUAUUUUUCUAUUGGGAAGUAUUCGGGUGAACUAAAGACGGUGCAGGCCUUGGAUAGAGAGGAGAACAGCACUUACACCAUGGAGGUCAUUGCAGUGGAUGGAAGAAACUCAUCCUUAUCUGCCUCCACCCUGGUGACGGUCCAGAUUCUGGAUGUGAAUGACAACAGUCCAGUGCUGGUUGGUGAUUACUCCUGGAAGUACCUGUGCACGCCCCGCUGGGAGGACCAAGCUCUGGUGCUUGCCUCUCGGGACAGUGACGGGCCGCAGCACGGAGGCCGGCUCAACUUCUCCCUGCGCAGUGACGCCACAGUCCGACGGAACUGGAAGCUAACUCCUAUAAAUGAUACUCACACCAACUUGUCCUUAAACAUCCCUUACCUGGCCCCUGAGGUCUACACAGUGCCCUUCACAAUCUCAGACAGCAGCUCUCCUCCCAGGAGCACCUUCAUAAACCUGCCAGUGACAGUGUGUCCCUGCAACGUCAGAGGGAACUGCAAAAUGGCUGCAAAACAGCUGCCGGGCAUGCCAACUAUCCAGUCUGCAGUGGGCAUCCUCCUUGGCACCUUUGCCGUCAUAGGAACCAUCCUCAUUGUUGUAUUUGUGAGACUCUCCUACCAGAACCCCAAAGAACCGAGCAAAACUAACCAGGAGAGAGUUCCUCUUAAGACUUCAAUCUAAUCACAAAGGUAUUGCGUAGUUUGUCCUGGUUUCUGCUCAGGCCAACUGCAACUCUGCUGUUGCUUUCAGGGUCAUAAAUUCAUGAAAUGACUGUGAAUGUCAAAAAAUAAAUGUAUAUUUCAGUAAUUUGAUCUUUGUUGGAUCGAUUGGUUCAGUUGUUGCAGAAUUAGAAGAUAUUUCAGACUAGUGAAGUAAUGAAUGUAAUGUAUUUAGGUUUGUGUCAGGGACGUGAUGUUGACUUAAGUUUGUCAUUUUUUUAUUGCUCUGUACCUUUUUGUUUGUUUCUCAACUUCUAUCUAUUUACUACAGGAGAGAAUGUGGGCCACUGAUGUUAAAAAAAGAGAGAAAGGGAAUAAAGUAAAUAAAUAAUUCCCCUAUUUCAAAGGUUAUUAUAUUUAUAAUUAAAAAAUAUGUUUUUAAGUCAUAACUCAACCAGAAAAAAACAACACGACUCUACUCUCACAACCUUCUCUCUAUACUUUCUUGUAUUUACUCUGCAUGAAGAAGUUAUUGAUUUUAGUUACACCGGUCUGAUAUUUGAACUCUGAUUCCGGAUUAUGAUCACAUGUGACAGAAAGAUUGAUGUAAAACCGUAAAUCUGAGGAAACCUGCUUGUAAAUUCUGAAAUGUGAUUUAACAUCCUGUGACACAUUAGCAGAAUUAAAAUGAUGCGAGCACCAUUCAUGCAUCAUUUCUUUUCAAAUCUGAUGUUUUUGUUUUUGUGUUUGUUCUAUUCAUUUCACGCAGGUCUUAAUGUAUAGAAUCCACACUACAGAGCUGAGCAGUAAUGGAUUUGGAUAUCUCUCAUUAACUAUAAGAAACACUUUCUUCUCUACCUGCUAGCUUCUGCAUUACAAACCCAAACACUGUUAAUGUAAUGCGACAGUCUGAAAUGUCAUGUUUGUAACUUCAUUAGCAGCGCACUCCAGUCUGUGUGAUUAAGCCUUUAUGAACGCUGACCCAGGUGACCUCACAAGCAGGCAAAGCUAUAUUCAGACCAAAGUGUGGCUAUAAAUAGAUCGUGGAAGGUCCACUGGAUGACAUUUACCCAGCAUUGUCCAACAAACCGAUCACCUCCCAUUCACAGAAGACAAACUGAAUAAAUGCUCUACACUCCA